GCCACUUGUGCUCCGUUCCUUCAGGCUGACAUCACUACAUCGCAUCCCAAAGCCCUUCAGAGACGACGACUACGGUAACAGUUCCAAUCGACUCCACAGCACUGAGUGCCCUCGACGAACUGGCGUGUUUUCAAUGUGGUUCUGGUUGCAAGAACCCUUGUACUAAAUUGGAGAGCCCCGGUAUGAACCGGGGCCCCCGUAUAAAUGAAGCACAGCUUAUACUUUUGGCCGAAAAGGCCGCCAGCGAUUACUCAUUAUGCGGCUAUUUACGCAAGCGAUGUUCAGAUAGUGAUAGGUGGCAGCAAAGAUGGUUCGUUUUGUACCAAAAUUACUUGUUUUAUUACGAAACUGAAUCCAUCGACAAGCCAAGUGGAGUCUUGUUUUUGGAAGGAUGCUACUGCGACAGAUUAGCAUUUGCGGCUAGCAAAAUGAAGAGCAAAGACUAUGCGGAUAAGCAGUACUGUUUCGUAAUAUCCUAUAAGCAUCGCAAUAUGAGACAGUACGAGUUGAAGGCCGACAAUGAUUUGGAAUGCAACAGCUGGAUCGAAGCAAUCCGUGAGGCAAGUUACAACAAGAUUGUUCUAUUGAAAGAGGAGCUCGAACAGAAACACGCGCACUUACUUCGAAUUGUUGAAGCGGAGAAAACGAUCAAAUGGGAAUAUACAAAACAGCUAGAAGAUAUGAACGUGGAAAUAAUGAAACUCCGGAACGAGGUACAAUAUAGAAAAGCGACUCGUUUUAUAAAAAUAAAAAUACACACAUAUUGGGAGAUAAACACAACUACAGGUCAAUAUUUGCAGCUCUACUUGAUGAAACGAAAUUGGAGACCCGUGGGGUCAACGUCGAAUGCGCCCUGCACUUUUUGUCCUGUGCCGGAAGAAAGCGCGGAAAUUAAAAAGAUCAAAAAAGUGCAGAGCUUCUUCCGGGGUUGGCUCUGCCGUCGGAGAUGGAAACAAAUUGUGGAGCAGUACAUAAAGAGUCCGCACGCCGAGAAUAUGAGGAAACGAAAUAAUCUAGUUUUUAAGAUGGUAGAAGCCGAGGAAGAAUAUACUAAGCACCUGCAGGUGUUAGUAAGCUGUUUCUUUCGUCCCAUGAAAAUGGCAGCCUCUUCUAAGAAACCACCUUGCACUCAUGAAGAUAUCAAUUCGAUAUUCCUCAACUCGGAGACAGUGCUUUUCCUGCAUCAAAUCUUCUUGAAGGGCCUAAUGUCAAGAUUAGAGCACUGGCCGACUCUCGUCUUAGGUGACCUAUUCUCCAUCCUGCUCCCGAUGCUGGGCAUCUACCAAGAAUACGUCAGGAACCAUCACUUUGCGCUACAAGUACUCACCGAGUGCAAGCAGACACCUGCAUUCGCGCAACUUGUGAAACGGUUAGAAAGCAAAACCGUCUGCCAAGGAAGAACUCUUGAGCAGUUUUUAACAUAUCCUAUGCAUCAGGUCCCGAGAUACAUAAUAACAUUACACGAACUAUUGGCUCACACGCCGCAUGAUCAUGUGGAGAGAAACUCCCUUUUGAACGCGCGCCAACGCUUGGAAGAUCUAUCUCGUCAAAUGCACGAAGAAAUUUCUGAAACCGAGAACUUACGGAAAAACCUCUCUAUCGAAAGGAUGAUUGUAGAAGGUUGUGACAUACUGCUUGACGCCAACCAAAUCUUCGUGCGACAAGGUACUUUGCUACAUUUAGCAAAUGAACGGAGCACUCGUUCUAAGUACACGUACUUCAAUGACAAAGAUGCAGUCCGUCAAUGUUUCUUAUUCAGCAACCAUCUAAUAAUGACGAUGCGGACAUCUAAUGGUAAUCUCCACUUGGUCAAAAACAUUGGAAAGACUUGCUUGGCUAAUGUUACUUUGAUUGAGGAUCCGCCGGAAAGGUUUGGAGCAUCGAAGGGAAAACAUAAGUCUAGGAAGUCGUGCAACAUACCGGAGGCAUGCGGAAGUCGCACAUACAAUACGGUGAUUGCUGCCGCAGCUUCCGCUGCUAAAACUGUCACCGUUGUUGUGAGUAAAGGAGCUGCAGUUGCUGUGAAUGCAGCUAUCGAUCCGGACCACACGACAUUUGAUUCUUUGUGCGAUUCAACAUCCGACGAUUUUUCCAUCAAAAUCGAUCAGCAUCAUCAUCAGCUGCAACCCAGCUUUGACGCAUCUCCUGGACGCAAGCUGGAUUUUAAGCUGAUCGUCGAACUGAACGAGGAUAACAAACUCGUGCAGUAUUGUAUACAUUUAAUGGCGACAACCACCCAAGAAAAGGCUGCUUGGAUAUCGGACUUGAGCCAAUGCUUGGCCAACGUUCAAGAAAAUAAAGUGGUGAAGCAGACCGAGGUGGAAGCAUCGUCGACCACCGUCGUCUUACCACAGAUGGUUAAAUUCGAUCAGACGUUAUUCAAAGAUGAGCCGGAUAUCCGAUUCAGCCAUACUCGAAGCUCGGCACGAGUACCUGAUAUCCGCUAUGCAACACCUGAGCGACUACUGCUACGAUUGACCGAUCUACGAUAUCUAUCGAUAGAUUUCAUGAACACGUUCCUUUUGACUUAUCGCGUAUUUUGCACUGGAAACGAUGUUCUGGAGGCACUGCAGAAACUUUUCCGCAGCAUUGAUUUGGCCGAUCCGCUCGGUUCUGUGGUUUCCUUGGAAGAAGAAAUUAAAAAAGUUGAAGUUCCGGAAGUCACGGAACCAACUACCAAAACGUUAACCACCGAGGUGGGUACACAGCGCAGAAUAAGUAUCGCCAGCUCAGUUUCUGGCUACUGCUCUGAUAGGUCGCAUAGCUACGACUCCCAAGGGCAAAAACACUGGAAAUGCAAUUUACAGAAAUAUGACGAAGAACCCGCCAUUCUUACGAGUCCUAAUGGAGCUGAAACGCCUACAUUAAUUCAAAGUCCGAGCGUGCAUUCAAUUGAAACAGUCGUUCCUAAUUUGACUCGUAUAUCAAUCACUGUGCAAGAUGAAUCAUCUUUUUUGACUAUUCCUAAACCAACCGGCUCCAGCAGUAGCAGCGAUAGUCUUACAGAUAUAACGGUAAUAAGUGCGCCUCGAUCUCCGAGCGCUAUAAGUACGAAGACUCUAACAGAUACUUCGCCUAGUGAAAGCAAAGACGUCAGGGUGGUAGUCGAUGUGCAUCAGCCAUGUAUACCUUCAACAUCAUCAACCAUAGUGAAUGUGCAUCAGCCUUGUACACCUUCAACAUCAUCAACCAAAGUCAAUGCGCAUCAACCUUGUACACCUUCAACAUCAUCAACCAUGGGAGAGGUAAUUCCUCCGAAAAGACCAAAACCACCACCGCCAAAAAAGACUACUGAGAUUAGGUUAGAGGGAAUGACGCCGCAAGUACGAAUUUGCAAUGAAAUUGAUGAGGUCAAAGAGUCCUCUUUCAACACUGCAACCACUCAUCAGCUGGCAAGAACAUUCAGAGGAAGAACGAGCUCCGUAUGCACAGCAUUGGCUCUGCAGCAUUAUUAUGGAUUGAAAAAAUCUAUGGAAGAAUCACAGUCCUCUGAUCAAUCCAUAUAUAAAAACAAACAAGUCACUAAAGUUGGAGUAUCGGUGACAUCCGUACGCGAGGAACAAGGACGAAGCGGUAACAAGAAAGCAGCAUCCGCUUACGCAAUGGCAACAUCUGCGUCUAGCAACCCUAAAGACGUUUCACCGAAAUCAGAAGAAGAAUUGCAAGAAAAGCUACGCAAAAAAUAUCAGUACAUAUCGACUGCAUGCACGAAAAGAGUUCUAACAGUAUUACGACACUGGAUCUCUAAGCAACGAAACGAUUUUACGACCAACGAAGAAUUGUAUAAUAAUGCGAUUGAGUUUUUGGAGGAUAUCAUCGCCAGUCCAAAUAUAUUGGCAGCGGAGCACCAAUCCGCUGAGCAAAUUUUAUCCUUACUGACUGAAAAAAGCACCGACGACUCGAACCUAAAAGAGAUACAAAAACUGAUCAACCAGCCGUCAUCUCUAAAUACUUCUGAUUCAACUAUGAUCUACUGUCCGAUGAAGCAGAAUCUAUCUCACAUUCUGCCUGGCUGUCUUGGAAAGAAAGCAUUUACCUUCAAAACACCCACAAAUGCUCCAUCAGGUCUCAGUAUCGACAAUUUCUCGGCUUUAGAAAUUGCCGAGCAGCUUACCUUAAUAGACCAUCAGAUCUUCGUUGGAAUUACAAAUGACGAAUUCCUUUGCCAGGCGUGGAUGAAGAAGGAUAAGGACACAAGAGCUCCGCACAUCAUAUUAAUGACAAAACGGUUCAAUGAUGUUUCACGUUUGGUCAUAUCGGAUAUCGUUAGACGGCAGAAUUUGACCAGCCGCGUUGCAGCUUUAGAGAAAUGGGUAACUAUUGCAGACAUCGAACGCUGCCUACAGAACUUCAACGGAGUCCUGCAGAUCUGCGCCGCAUUAAACAACAGCGCUAUCUUCAGAUUGAAGAAGACUUGGGAGAAGAUUUCCAGAUCGACUAAAACCACUUUGGAUAAACUGCAAUCCAUCGUCUCUUCCGACGGACGCUUCCGUUUGCUGAGAGACUAUCUGCAGAAGUGCGAUCCGCCAUGUAUCCCGUACUUGGGAAUUUACUUAACCGAUCUCUCGUUCAUCGAAGAAGGUACCCCGACCUACACCAACGAAGGUUUAUUAAACUUCUCCAAAAUGAGAAUGGUUGCUAACAUCAUCAGAGAAGUUUCCCAUCUGCAGCAAACGCGAUACAGGAUUCAGAGUUCGCAGAAGGCUAUCGGUUUCAUAACCGAUACGGCUCAGUUACUCGACGACGAUCAGCUAUUCGGACUUUCCUUGGAGCUCGAACCUAGAGCACCGCGAGAAUAAAUAUUGCAGUAUUUUGAUGAUCGGGCAUCUAUACUAUAUAUGCCACAUAUUUAUAUAAA